AUGGUAAUCGGUGGUCAUUUGUAUGCGACCGGGUACUAUCUCUAUGGUACCUGGAUAGUACCUGAUCGGUAUCUGGAUGCUACCGGGUAGGUACUUGAAAUUCGCGGUUGCCUCUGGCUGGCACAUCGGCGUUUAUUUAGCACCAGUGUUUUUUUUUUCAUCUUUCCAGGUCUUCCAGUGUCUUAUUGGAUAAAGCUGAAACAAAAAAUAACGAACCGGGAAGCAAUCCCAGACUUCCAGGUGGCAAACGCGAAUGUCAGGUAGCUACUUGCAUCGACCUCCGACCCAGGUAGCAUAGAGAUAGUACAAGAUCGCAUACAAAAUUUUUUUGAGAAAAUUUUUAUGGUUUUUCCACGUUCCUUAUUCCACAUGACACUGACUAUUGGAUGUUUUGAAACACAGCUCAUACUUGCAAAAAAAAAAUUUUAAUUGAGGCAUAUUUUUCAAGAAUUAAAGAUUCAAAAAUCUCAAAAAUUGAAUCUUAGCUCUCUGAAAGUACGAUACGACAAGGUGAAAAUGAAUCAAGCAAGCAAAGCGAUGUCAUUUUUCAUAACGGUUGGGAGUUUCUUGAAAAUUGGCCAUAUCGUUUUUGGAUGUACCAGAAAAAGAUCCUGACAGUUUCAAAACUGCUCAACAUUUUUUCAUUCAGGAUGCUGAGAACCCAAAAAGUAAGCACGGAAACGUUGUGACUGGACCUUCUACGUCUGAAAAACAGGUAAAUUCCCACGUAUGCCAAUAAUCUUCUACUUCAGAAGUAGUAUAGCCUAAUUUUAAAAAAAUCGAUGGUACGGCAAAAUCUCGAGUUCGCAAGCCCUGAGGACCGUAAGUCUGUGUACGCGCAUCUCAAAACCCAUAAUCUUGGAAAACGAAAAUUAUCGCUUGGCGAAUAGAUCCUAUCGUAAAUUAUGUUCAGUGAUUUAAACAAGAGAAUGUGGCAUAAAUGUGCAACAAAUAAGACGAGAAUGAGAGCUUUAUGCUUUCCAAUAUUUAUGUUUCAAAGAUUUUGGGUUUGCAGAUGUUCGAACACAGGCAUACGGUCCUCAAGAUAUGCUGACUCGAGAUUUUGUCGUACCAACAAGAAAUAAAAAAAAAUAAAAUAAAAAUGAAACGUUAUCUUUCCGCUCCACCAAACUACAUAAUUUUCAAAUUUUUCGUAUUCCAGGAGCCUGAGAACCAAAAGAUCAAGCCGACAAGCGUUGUGACUGGACCGCUCACGACUAAAAAACAGGUAAAUGUUUCAACGAAAAUCUGGGGUUGAAAAGGACGCAUUUGGAAUGGGUGAACGAGGGGCGCCUGACCUGAAACGACUUGCGCUCUUGUAAAUCGCAGAUUGAGCAAACUUAUAAUUUAUUUUUCUAACCGCACAAUAGGGCUUCAAGGCUGCCAGCCAUUUCUUCUUUUUUUGUAAUUGUGAUAAAGUAUUCCAGAAAAUUGGUAGUUGUUGAGUUUUUCAUUGUUCUACCACAAAGUUCGUCUAAAGUUUCAACCUGUUCAACAUAUUUUGAUUCAGGAUGCUGAGAACCCAAAAAGCAAGCACGGAAGCGUUGUGACUGGACCUUCUACGCCUAAAAAACAGGUGAAUUCCCACGUACGCCAAUUAUCUUCUACUAGUAUGUAUUAAACGCCAACCAAAAAAGAAUUUAGCGUUAUUCGAUAUGUUUUGGGGGUUUCUUUAACUAUUCUCAGGAGAAAAAUGACUUAAAAGGUUCUGAAACCUUGCUCCACCGAACUUAAUUGUUUUCAAAACUUUCUCGGGUUCCAGGAGUCCGAAAACCAAGAAAGCAAUCACACGAGCGUUGUGACGAUACCGCUCACGCCUGAAAAACAGGUAAUCUCCUACUUUAGAACGAUUAGAGCAUAAUUUGAAAUAAAUCAAAAAAAAAACUAUUUAAUGUAUUUUCCAGAGGAAAAAAAACUAGUAAGGCCCCAAAAGUGUGCUCCGCUGAACUAAAUUAUUUUGAAAUUUUUUGGUUUCCAGGAGCCUGAGAAUCAAGAAAGCAAGCACACGAGCGUUGUGACGAAACCGCUUACGCCUAAAAAAGAGGUAUAUGCAAAAAUUAUCAAGAGGUGAAAUGGUCAAAUUUGGAAUGUAUUCACGAGAGGUGAUUUUUCAAACCUGAAACGACUUGCGCUGUUGAACAUCGUUGAUUAAUAGAAACAAGCUGCUGAACUUGCUCCAAAUCGCAACGCGAUAUAGCUGAUUCGCGGCCAGCUUGGGACGCUAAGGGGGCGUGUCCUUUCUGCGCUGUCUCGUGCAUUAUCGUGUCAGGACCCGUUUCUCAAUGGCUCAAGCCAGCCGUGAGUCAGCUAUAUCACCUCUCAGUCAUUUCAAAAGCGAUCAGAGUUUUUUGGCAAAGAACAAGCUGAAACUGGCCAAUACUUUUCCGAACCGUGCUUUAUCCGAACCAAAUUCCGAACCAAUGAUUUAUCCGAACCUACUUUAUCCGAACCACCCUAUGCUUUAUGCGAACCACUUUUUUUUGAAUGCAUGCUUUAUCCGAACCACUUUUUUUGUAAAAAAAGUUUAUUACUUUUUUUACUAUUUAAAUGCCGUUUUCUUAGCUUUUUUUGCGAUGACUAGUUGCCCCAUAAGACUCAAUGACCUGGAACUAGAAUUUUCUGUCAAUUUCUUUUUUUCGAAUUUCUUGUUAUAUGAGUUUGAUUUUUUUCGCUCAUAUUUUUCUAAAAACAUCCAAAAAACUGAUCUUCCAAACUCCAUCUUAUUAUUCAAGACUCUGAAGGUAUAGAAAAAAAUUGAACUCGAGCUGAAAAAGAAUAUGGACAUGCCCCGGUUAAACCUUGUUUCCCAACAAAGAUCGCUUCUGGACGUUUUUUUCCUUGAACAUUUCUGAUGCCUGUUGGUUCAUCGUAGGAGAAUCUGCGAACGGCUCAUUAGAAGAAGUUCUCUCGAGUUCAGUUAUUCGAAUGAGAUUUUUCUUUAUGAAAGUUUCUAGACAGCUUUAUGUAUGGUUUUUUGACAGAUAUUAUUUCUUAAUAUCGCCGCCUUUUGUGAUCUUUUCACUUCUUCCAUGCAUGUUGGUUCUUCGUAGGGGAAUCUGCGAACAGCUCAUUAGGACGAAUCCCCUCGAAUUUAGAUAUUCAAAUAAGAUAUUUUCUUUUAGAAAAAUUCUAGGAAGGUUGAAGAAAGGCUUUUUCAAAGCUGAAUUAAUAUUAAUCAGCGUUCUAAAAAGUGAAUGAUAAAUAAUAAAAGAUCGAAAUGAGUUCGAACUUUUGCUGGCUCCAGCCCAACCCAUUCCAUUCAAUGUUUUACCCGUUCCGACCGUUCCCUUUUUGAAAGCUGAUCGUUUGUUCAGGAACAUUCAAUGAUUUUUUUGUCAUCGAACAUUUUUCUGUUGUUUUUUUCAACAAUAAAUUAGUCCAAAUCUAGCAAAAAUUUUGUUUCAGCAGGUUUUCAGGAUGUUUGAAGGAGGCUCGGAAGGUUGACGAGAGGGGCCUCGGAGAUUCGCUGCCACGGAAAUCAAAAAUUCAGAACUUUCAAACGGCUGAAAGUAAUUUGAAUCUGAGCUUCGGAUAUUCAGAAUUGCAAAUUUUUCUGACAACAUACACUCAAAUCAUUUCGGUCUUUAAAAAAUAUUUCGUUCCGGAUACAGCAGGUUUUCAGGAGGUUUGUAGGAUGCUGGGAAGGUUAACGACAGGGGCGUUCAGUCAAAAAACAAGAAGAUGCCGACAGGAAUCACUUUCAAAGACGUUUUUUUUUAAAACUGAACGUGGAGACAGCUGAAACCAAUCGAACGUGAAUUUUGGCAUGCUUGAAUCGGAUUUUAUCAUUGUCAUCUACACUGAAACCUUUUUAGAUGUAUUCGGAACGGCAGAAAGAAUUUUUGUCAGAAAUUAUUUCCAUUGAGCAGUUUUCUUGAUUCCCACAGGUUCUAGAACCUGGCUGAAAAUGCAGGUCAAAGAUCUGCUCGCAUUCAAUUGUUUUGGAUAGAAAAAUAUAAAUGGUAAAUAAAUUAAAAAAAGUUUAAGGAAAAAAACUUUUUAGGCCAAACUUGUCUUAACAUACAAAAAAAGGGCAAUAUUUGCAGGAAAAAAAUAGAAAUUUCAGUGGUAAAUAAAAUAUUGUAAUCAUGAAAAUAAUUAAAUUUGAAAAAAAUCAUGACGUAUAUAUAAAAAAAUACAAUGAAAUAAACAGAAGGAAUUGCUAAAAAGAGGAAAAAAAUUAUUUGCGCUGGCAAAUCUCCAAGGGAAGAAAGUGCAGGUAUCGAAACGAUGAGAAAGCGCGCGAAACCUUUGCGCCUUCGUAAAUUAUCGUUUUUUUCGAAAUAAUCGUUCCUUUUUACGGUUUUUCUGCCAAUGUUCCGAGCUUUUUUUCUCUUAUAAGUUUAAUUCCCUUCUUUUUUUAAGUCAUAGAAGUCAAUUUGUAUUUCGAGUGCCUUUUUCUAAAGUUAUGAAGGAAAAAGUUUUUAGGAUAUCAAAAAUAAUUUCUUUCAAAGUCUAAUUUAAUUUCCAUCUCAUUUUUAAUUUUUCAUUAAUCUUUUUUUCCUGAACUAUCUGGAACGAAAUAUUUUUUAAAGACCGAAAUGAUUUGAGUGUAUGUUGUCAGAAAAAUUUGCAAUUCUGAAUAUCCGAAGCUCAGAUUCAAAUUACUUUCAGCCGUUUGAAAGAGGCGCCGUUAUUUCUAGACCAGGGGCGUGGCUUGCCUCACCGUAACCUUGUGCAGUGGCGCGCACAUGCCUACUUUUCCUCAGUCAUUUUCUUAAUAUUUCCUCAUUUUUUUUUUCAUUUUCUUUUUCAUAUUUCUUUUAAGUACUCCCCUUUGAUUUCAAUAUAACUCCUUCUAUUAUCUAAUUAAACUUUCAAUUUUCGAAUACAUGGUUCUUCUGUCUUUAGUAUCGUCGACGAAUUUCUUGAGGCCGAAAAUGGUUUUUAGUUUAAAUGAGUGUACGCCAUUGCGAUUAAUUUUAUUUUCGGGGUUCUCCUGCCUUCCCAUAAAGAUUUUUUCAAGUCAAAAAAGUGAAUUUCCGUGAAAAAUGUCCUAUUUUGACAAGUUCAGGCCUUUUUUCUAGUUUCUUUUGAACACUUUGCGAAUGUGUCCAAAGUUCACAGGAAGAGGACUCCAACUAUUUGAUGAAAUCUACAUCGUCGACAACUACUUCUUUUGUCGAAUUAAAAGUUUUAUAGUUUAUAUGCUUUUAUUAUCUCCUCGAAGCAUAGACUUGAGAAGAACCAUAUCUUCGAAAAUUAAGAAUUUAUUAAUAGAACGAGUUAUUUUGAAAUCGAAGGUUAAUACUUAGAAGAAAUAUGAAAAAAAGAAAACGAUGAGGAAAUAUAAAGGAAAUGACUGAGGAAAAGUAGGCAUGUGCGCGCCACCGCACAAGAUUACGGUGAGGCAAGCCACGCCCCUGGUCUAGAAAUAACGGCGCCUGUUUGAAAGUUCUGAAUUUUUGAUUUCCGUGGCAGCGAAUCUCCGAGGCCCCUCUCGUCAACCUUCCGAGCCUCCUUCAAACAUCCUGAAAACCUGCUGAAACAAAAUUUUUGCUAGAUUUGGACUAAUUUAUUGUUGAAAAAAACAACAGAAAAAAAAAUGUUCGAUGACAAAAAAAAUCAUUGAAUGUUCCUGAACAAACGAUCAGCUUUCAAAAAGGGAACGGUCGGAACGGGUAAAACAUUGAAUGGAAUGGGUUGGGCUGGAGCCAGCAAAAGUUCGAACUCAUUUCGAUCUUUUUAUUAUUUAUCAUUCACUUUUUAGAACGCUGAUUAAUAUUAAUUCAGCUUUGAAAAAGCCUUUCUUCAACCUUUCCUAGAAUUUUUCUAAAGAAAAAUAUCUUAUUUGAAUAUCUAAAUUCGAGGGGAUUCGUCCUAAUGAGCUGUUCGCAGAUUCCCCUACGAAGAACCAACAUGCAUGGAAGAAGUGAAAGAUCACAAAAGGCGGCGAUAUUAAGAAAUAAUAUCUGUCAAAAAACCAUACAUAAAGCUGUCUAGAAACUUUCAUAAAGAAAAAUCUCAUUCGAAUAACUGAACUCGAGAGAACUUCUUCUAAUGAGCCGUUCGCAGAUUCUCCUACGAUGAACCAACAGGCAUCGAAAUGUUCAAGGAAAAACGUCCAGAAGCGAUCUUUGUUGGGAAACAAGGUUUAACCGGGGCAUGUCCAUAUUCUUUUUCAGCUCGAGUUCAAUUUUUUUCUAUACCUUCAGAGUCUUGAAUAAUAAGAUGGAGUUUGGAAGAUCAGUUUUUUUGGAUGUUUUAGAAAAAUAUGAGCGAAAAAAAUCAAACUCAUAUAACAAGAAAUUCGAAAAAAAGAAAUUGACAGAAAAAUUCUAGUUCCAGGUCAUUGAGUCUUAUGGGGCAACUAGUCAUCGCAAAAAAAGCUAAGAAAAACGGCAUUUAAAUAGUAAAAAAAGUAAUAAACUUUUUUUACAAAAAAGUGGUUCGGAUAAAGCAUGCAUUCAAAAAAAGUGGUUCGCAUAAAGCAUAGGGUGGUUCGGAUAAAAGUAGGUUCGGAUAAAUCAUUGGUUCGGAAUUUGGUUCGGAUAAAGCACGGUUCGGAAAAGUAUUGGCCCUGAAACUUGGAAAACGAUUUUUUUUUUUGCGGCGGAGCGUUGCACUUUUCCCUUAUAUCUUUAAUUAAAUGGUCCAGAAAAGAUGAGAACUUGAAAUUUUCUUUGUUUUAACGCAAAAUUUGCCCGUUUUCAGACUCCUGAAGGACAGAAAACUUCGAGUCGCUCGGCAGCAGAGGAGGCCAAAGAGAGAAAUUCGCCGCUUGAAUGA